AAUCCAUUGAACCACAAGUAAUUAGUUCCAUACACCUAAAAUAUCAUCUUUAACCUCUGCCUUUCCUUUUUCAGGCUUUCUUUUGUGUUCCUCACUUCACUCAUCUGCACUUAAUCUAAUCUAAUUCCAUAAUCAUACACAAAAACAAAACCCAAUCAAAUCCUACAAUUUCAUCUAAUCUUAGCACCCUUUGUCUUUAGAUCCUCCAUACAUAAUUAAUUCACACAGUAUAAUAUUCUUUGAUGUUAUUAAUAAAUCAUAUAUAGUGGUACAAGGAAUCUCCUUUUUUUUGUAGAUUCAAAGAAUAAUGGGGAAUGUUAAUGGAAGAGAAGAUUUAGAAGAAGGCGGAGGCAAUAUUAUCCCAUCUGGGGUUGAGGAGGUUGAUGAGGUUGAUUCUGGUGGGGCCCAAGAAAUUAUGGCCGUUCAGCAGGUUGAUGGAGAGUUCAUGGGUCAAUCUCCACCGUCCAGUCCUAGGGCUUCUGCUUCACCUUUGAUGUUUCGACCUGAGAUGCCAGUGGUUCCUCUACAAAGACCCGAUGAGGGGCACGGACCAAGCCUUUCAUGGCCGCAAACUGCUUCAGAGUAUGAAGAAACCGACGAGCAAGGAGUUCCAAUCCUGAUAUCUUGGACACAUGAGGGCAAAGAAGUUGUUGUGGAGGGUUCAUGGGAUAAUUGGAAAUCAAGGAUGCCUCUGCAAAAAUCAGGGAAAGAUUUCACCAUUUUGAAGGUGCUUCCUUCAGGGGUUUACCAAUAUAGGUUUAUAGUUGAUGGACAAUGGCGGUGUUCCCCUGACAUGCCAUGUAUUCAGGAUGAAGCAGGGAAUGCUUACAAUCUUUUAGACGUGAAGGAUUACGUUCCAGAAGACAUUGAGAGCAUUUCUGGUUUUGAACCUCCUCAAUCCCCAGAUUCCAGCUACAAUAACUUGCACCUUGGAGCUGAGGACUAUGCAAAGGAGCCGCCCGUGGUCCCACCCCAUCUACAGAUGACCUUGCUUAAUGCCCCUUCAUCUCACAUGGAAAUUCCACCUCCGCUUUCGAGGCCUCAGCACGUGGUGCUUAACCAUCUCUACAUGCAGAAAGGCAGGAGUACUCCUUCUGUGGUAGCACUUGGUUCAACUAACCGGUUCCUGUCCAAAUACGUGACUGUGGUUCUUUACAAGUCGAUACAGAGGUGAAAGUUCGCAAACCUAUCUUUAUGAUAGUCUUAAAUAACUCAAAUAUUAGUAGCAACAUAGACCAGGAGGUCAGCGGUUCGAGCCGUGUAAACAGUCUCCCGCAGAAAUGCAGGGUAAGACUGCUUACAAUAGACCCCUGUGGUCCGGCUCUUCCCUGGUCAUAGCGGGAAUUUAGUGCACCGGGCUGCCCACUAGUAGCAACAUAUUAGAAGUCAAGCAUGUGGCUCAUGGAUACUGCAGUUAAAAGCAAAAGGCAGUAUAGGUAAUGCUUAGAAGUUUUAAUGGUAGCAAAGCUUGACUGUGACUUCCUCCAUUUACUUUGCCAUCUUUCUCAUUUGGGCCUUCUUUCUUUAACACACAAUUGAUCAAUUCCGAUUCUUUCU